CUAAGGCGUAUUAUCGCUACGGAUGAGAAGUGGGUGAACUUUUACGACCCGGAGAGUAAACGAGAGUCGAUGGUGUGGAAGCGACCUUCAUCACCUCCCCCGAAGAAGGCGAAAACCUGCAAGUCGGCGAAGAAAGUUAUGUAUAUUUUCUUCAUGGAUUGCCAGGGUAUGCUGUUGCAACAUGCGGUGCCAAGAUCGGCGACAGUCAACAAAGAGUACUAUCAAAAGGUUGUGCGGAGGGAUCUAACAAACGCUAUCAGGAAAAAGCGAGCAGGGUGCGACAUCGAAAAUUUAAUUUCUCAUCAAGAUAACGCUCCAGCACACCGCGCAGACAAGACACUCCUUACUAUUGACUUCUUAGGAUAUGAGCGGCUAUGUCAUCCCCCAUUAUAG